UAACCUCCUAGUGAUAUUUAUUUAUUGAAUAAGUGUUAAUUUGCAAAAACAGUUACUAGCGUUUGUAUUCUUUAGCAUCUAGCGUCUGCCAGCAUUACAGGUAAUACUAUGUUUAUUCCGAAUGUAACAAGUGAAGCUACUGGUCUUUACACCUGCAUAGCUACUAAUGAUAUCGGAUCCAGUCGGGCCAAUAUAAUACUAGAAGCUAUUUAUGAUUCUCCAAAACUGGUAACUUCUCCACAAGUAUAUUCUGGGCAUGCAGGUAAACCUCAUAAUUUUACCUGCACCGCGACAGGUCAUCCAGUUCCUAAAAUCACAUGGACUUUCUCCUCAUUUUCCCAUCAUAUCAACACGCUUCCUCCACACAAUAUACACAGUAAUGGUGAUGUAAUAGAGCUGGUUGAUAUGCAAAAGUCUGGAAUCCUAACUUGUACAGCCACAAAUGAGUUUGGUGUAGAUAUUGCAAAAACAACAGUAAUUGUUCACCACAGUAAGAACAAUACGUUUGCAUUCCUACAGCCGAAUCCUUAUAGCUGUUCGGUGGUAACUUUGGCUUGAUGUCAACGCCGUUUCAUAUGUGCACGUGUAAACACAAUUCCAUUGGUGAUAUGAGCAAUUUACAUGAAAUAAUUUGAUUUUUAGUGAAAUACAUCAUCAACACAAAAAUUAAGAAAUCAGUUUGCAUAUCAAUAUUUCUUUGAUAGGUAAAAAUGGAUCAAAAGAAAAAUAGAGCAAAUAUUUCGGAUUGAUUGCAUGACAACGUCGGCGACUAAACACAACAAACGUGCAGUAGAAUUGCACAUACAAAAAAGAAGGAGCAAGUCGACAAACAAGACGCCAAAUUUACUUUAGAUAUGAGAGUUAAUUACAAACUGUUUAGUAAUAUCCGUACAUCUAUAACGCCAAUAUGACAAACACGGAAAAUCAAGCACUUACAACAAGAGUCCAGAGCGAUGAUAUUGGGAUGCUAUUGGGUUCCUAGUUUGUAAUAACAUCAAUCUUUGAUGUUGUGAAAUUGUUACCAGAAAAUGUACGAAUUCGUGGAAAUAACAGCUAACUUUCUCACACGAUGGGCAUGGCAAACCUCCGUUUUCAGUAUAAAAGAUUAAAUAACUAGAAGAUGAGAACUAUACUUUAAACACAUAAUUUGUAUGAUUUACCAUUAAGAGAAAUUGUAGACUGUGGUAGGGAGUAAAGCAUACCAAAAACAAAAAUAACUAACUAAUAUCAUUGUAAGGUACAUACAAAAUUAUAUACAGAAAUUUACAAAAAUUAAUGUACGAAUGUGUUAAUAAAUUCAUAGGGUGUGCUUAACACUGUUGACAAACACGCAGACAAAAAGAGAAACAUGAGAGCAAAUUUAUAAUAGAUGAAGAUGGGCAAUAUAUGAAAAUAUGGUUUGAAAAUUGAGAUAACACUAUAUACAUUGAGUGCGCUCGAGGCGCUUUUCUGGAUUUACCAUCACCAGGAUGCUAACAAAAUUGAGAGCAAAUUGUGAUGUGUUGGACUUGAACAUGUGAACUGUGCUAACUAGCCAAUACGAAAGCAUUCAUGUAUGACAAGCAAGAUGAAGUUUUUUAAAAAUGGAAUUUGUAAAUGGCUUACUAACAGUUUUCAAUUCAAUUAAAGUUAUUAUUAUUACAGGCUCAGCAAUAGUAGGAUAAGACAUCAUUAUCCAGUU